UUUCAGCAUAAGCAUACAUGCAUUUGUUAUUGGUCCUUGCCACAAUCGUGGGCCUGGGAAUGGCCUUUCAGUGCUCUCCGGACACUAUUUUGCGCAUGGCCACAGACAAAAGGUUGAAGCAGCUGGAAAGGGACUGUCACUUGGCUAAAAUUGGAGAAGCCGAGUGCGAGAAUAAAAAGAAGGUGGAAACUGCUUGGAAGGACUUCACAAAACUGUCUGAUCAGUACAGAAACGCCGUCAGGCAGUGUCGAGAAACUGCAGCGAGAUCACAAGGAAGUCAUCGACAUCAUCGGAAACGCCAUACAUUGCAUAGAGAAGUGAAAGAGGCAAGCGUAAUUGAGCAGGCUUUACCGGAAAGCGAACAAUUUGAUCGAUCCCAUCCGAUACGAACGAAAAGACAAACGUGCAAGACAAAAGCAUCUGAAGAUCUGAACCACUUGAGACAGGACUUCAUUACGCAUUGCGAUCGAGAAAACAUAUGUUUACCCGAUGAGGAUCUGCCUGCUGGACCGCAGCGUGAUCGCUUCAAGGAGCUUCACUCUUCAAGAGCCAAAAAAUAUUCAGCGUAUUUGACACAACUUUCUCUGUGUUACGGUCGGCUUACUUAAUCUGAGCAAAAAUUUUUAUUUGUCUGCAGGCGGUAUGUCGCUUUACAAUUUCCUAUGAUAUGUUUUAUUGUUAGCUUUAUUAGUGUUGUUCAGAUAUGACAAUAAAUAAUGAG